GGAACCGUUUCGUACGUGAGGUGCUACAAAAGCGCAACUUAGCAAUCGUACAUCGAAUCGAAACCAUAGUGAUCAUAGUGGCGGACUACGAGGAUUUUAGCUCCUUUCCGCCGGAUCUCUUCGAAGCGUUCGAGAACAGCACCGAGGUAGAAUGCCUGCUGAAGGCCCACCUGGAUGCACAAGCCGAGACUCCAUUCGAUGGCUGUCCGGUGGAUUUUGACCGGAUCCUGUGCUGGCCGAGGACAACACGUGCUACCUGGGCGGUGCUGCCUUGCUUCGCCGAGUUCAAGGGCGUCCAUUAUGAUCCUACGCAAAAUGCCACCCGCUACUGCCACCCGAACGGCAAGUGGGACAACUACAGCCACUAUGCGGGUUGCCAUCAUAUGACCGAACCACCGCCGGAUAUAGUCGAGGUCACGUCGAUCAUCUACUACACCGGAUACAUUAUUAGCCUUGUUGCGUUAAGUCUUGCUGUGAUAGUUUUCGUCUACUUCAAGGAUUUGCGGUGCUUGCGUAAUACGAUUCAUGCGAACCUGUUCAUCACCUACAUCCUGUCGGCACUGAUGUGGAUUACGAUUCUUACGCUGCAGCUCUCCAGUAGUUCCAGCACGGGCAUGACCAGCUGUGUGAUCUUCGUUACCCUUCUGCACUACUUUACGCUGACCAACUUCUUCUGGAUGCUGGUGGAAGGUCUAUAUCUGUACAUGCUGGUAGUGGAAACAUUCUCGGGCGAUAAUCUGCGAUUCAACAUGUACGCUGCCAUCGGAUGGGGUGGUCCCGGCAUUUUCGUGGUAGUGUGGGCAAUCGCCAAGGGUAUUGCCAUCUCCGGUCAGAAUAGUGUUGCAACGCUUGAAAUCGAAUGCUCCUGGAUGCGGGAAUCGGUUGUGGACUGGAUCUUCCAGGGUCCGGUCUGUGCGGUGCUCAUCAUCAACCUAGUCUUUUUGAUACGAAUCAUGUGGGUACUAAUCACGAAACUACGUUCGGCAAACACGGUCGAAUCGCGUCAAUAUCGCAAAGCAUCGAAGGCACUGCUGGUGCUGAUCCCGCUGCUCGGCAUCACAUACCUGGUGGUGCUGGCUGCUCCUGCCGAGGGUGUUGUGAGUGACAUUUUCGCCAUCGCAAGGGCACUGCUGCUGAGCACGCAGGGCUUCUGGGUAUCGCUGUUCUACUGCUUCCUCAACUCGGAGGUCCGACUGGCGCUUCGACAUCGGCUGGAGCGCUGGCGGGACGAACGGAACAUCCGGCUGGGUCAGGUCCGCCAGCGUAGUCGCCGAUUCACCAACUCCGGCCUCUCGAAGGACUGCUCGCCUCGCUCUAGAACUGAAAGUUUCCGGCCACUAACCUACAGCAAACGGGAAAGUUGUGCCUCCUCGGCAACCACAACCACCCUACUAGGGCCUCCGGCAAGCUGUCCCAAUGCUUUGCGAAGUUCCAACGGUGCACUGCAUCUGCACGCUGCACCACCCAGGGCCGUCAGUCCACUGAUGCAGGGACUAGACGAAAAUACUGUCUGAAAUACAACGGAAUCAUUCAUUAUGUCCAAUGAAAUAGAAAAAUAAUGCUGCGCCUAUCUGUACAAUGCAUACGCCACCGUCAAAGAGGAAAAUCUGUCCCAGGCUCUGGUUCCUUCUUCCGGUUGGUGCGCUUUAUUCAAUAUACUCUUCUGUACAUAUAUAAAACAAUGUGAAAAAACCGGAGGAUUUGUUACGUAGUGUAGCUUAAAUAAUAUUGAAACUAACUAAACGAUUAAUGUUGAUAUUUUAUGUAGGACAAACAAAUGCUACGUGAACCAAGUCAGUUCCUGUUUUGUUUGAACGAAUAACGAACGAUAUUUAAAUCCAAUUGAUUCCGUACACUGUUUUGAACUAUGCUCAAAAUUGUGAAAAAGAAAAGCAAAUAUUUCCAUGACCGCAGUCUCCAAAAACAAAUAUUUAAAGUCACAAUUAAACUAUCGAAGAAAAACUCAAAUCAACCCUCUAUCGAUGUACUUAAGACGAAUUUGUAUACUCGCUGUUAUACUCUUUAUGUGCUAUCUAGCUAUUUUUGGCAAAUAAAAUUUGAUUAAAAUAA